AUGACAUAUCCUAAUGGUGACGCUCCUUCGGCUCUCUCGAACUCAACGCAGGGGGGUCCGAACGGAGCCAAACCACAGGCCUUCAAUAAGUCGCAUGAAGUAGAGGAGCCUCCUCCACAGUCAGUGUCGAUAACUACCACUUCCCGCGAAGCUCCUCGAUCGGAUAAUGAACAACAACAUCCCAAAACACAGGCCCAGAUGGCUCAGGCCGCACAUGGAGGAGCGCCCUCUCUUAGCAUGCGGGACAUGAGAUCCGCGUUGCCUGGGUAUCAGAAUCAUUCCAUCCUUUAUGAGCAGCAUCAUAUUCAGCAGCCCUUUGUUCCGACGGCUCACCCUCAUGGCGUUGUCUACGCAAUGCCGCCAUUACCGUCAUUCACAGGACCGCCAAUAAAUCCUAAUAUGGCCUUUAAUGGUCCCUUCAAUCAGGUAUACACGCCUUAUCUUCAGCAGCAACCUGAGGACCCUCUUCUGCCUCCUGGUGCGGCGGGCUAUCAGUCCUUGGGGCCCCAUUCAGCCGCUCACAUGAAUGUCCAUAUACCUGGCCAAUCUGGAUAUGGACCGAACUAUUACACCCAGACCGCAUACACGGCAGCCCUUGGACACGGCCCGGGACCUCCGACUACAUCAUCUCCAGUGCAAGUGCAACCACGCGUUCAGCCUCGGAACACAUCGGGUCCAAAAACUAAAUUGGCAUCCGGCUUGGGGAAAGAAAACAGGCAACGGCGUCUGGAUCUGGAAUAUGACGUCUCAAAGACCAUCGUGGACGGAUCAACACCUAUGAGGCCCCACCCUGUUCAAACAUUUUCUGCUGACUCAGGAUCGCAUUCGUCUAAUACCACUACGUCAAGUGCUCCAAGAGGACCGCCGCGAAAGCCAAAGCAAUCUGGGCAUGCACUGUGGGUCGGCAAUCUUCCUCCCGGUACCAAUAUCGUUGACUUGAAGGACUACUUUUCUCAGGACGCCACAAAGGAACUGGAAAGCGUCUUCCUCAUCUCGAAGAGUAACUGCGCUUUUAUCAAUUACAAAACGGAGGCCGCCUGUGCCGCGGCAUUGUCAAGGUUCAACGAUUCUAGAUUCCAUGGAGCACGUCUUGUAUGUCGGCUACGCCAGGGGGCUGUUCCUCUGGGGUCUAAUGCUGAAGCUAUGGGUUCUUCUACCCCUGCUAUAUAUCAGGAUGAAGAAACCAAGUUAUCGGACGCUGUGACUGAGAACAAGGCUACAGAAGGUAGCCUUUCGCACAGUCGAGUCCCUAGCAGAUACUUCAUAGUCAAAAGUUUAACUGUUGAUGAUCUCGAACUCAGUCGACAGAACAACAUCUGGGCCACUCAAACUCAUAAUGAGAAGCAGCUAAACGAAGCUUACGAGAAUGCUGAUGAUGUCUAUCUCAUCUUUUCCGCCAAUAAGUCAGGUGAAUAUUAUGGAUAUGCCCGUAUGAUGUCGCCGAUACAAGAUGACGAGAACUUGGCGUUGGAGAUGCCCUCGCGGUUGGACAACCCCCCGGAUCCCGAGACUCUAGACGUGACGCCCACUCCAGCAACAUCCACUGCGCCUAACGGACGAAUAAUCAAUGACUCUGCGCGGGGGACCAUAUUCUGGGAGGCGGAAACCUCAGAGGAUGAGAGCGGUACGAGCAAGGAGAAGGAGAAGGAGAAGGUUAUUCACGAAAAACCGGAAGAAGCUACAGAUACGGGGGCACAAUUGAUUGGGAAGCCGUUCAGGAUCCGAUGGCUCUCGACUACACGAGUCCCUUUUCAUCGUACGAGAGGGUUGCGGAAUCCCUGGAACUCGAACCGAGAAGUGAAGAUCGCUCGCGACGGUACGGAGAUCGAGCCGGAGGUGGGGUGGAAACUUUUGCAGUUAUUCCACUCUCAGCCUCAAGACUAG